AUGGCCCCGCACCCGCCCGGGCAGUACCUGCGCUCCGACAGCGGCGGCUCCGACACUCCCAUGCUGCCCAAGGGCGCCGCUGCCGGGCCCGCUCCCGGUCACUGUCCCGGUGCCGCUGCCGCUCCGGACGGCGGCCCCGGUGCGGCGCGGGGGCAGCGGCGGCGGCGGUGCGGGCCGCUGUGGGGCAGCGUGGCCGUCAUGGCUAUCCUGGCGCUGCAGAUCGCCUCCACCACCGGCCUCUUCGUCUACUUCACCAUGGCCAUCUCCAAGCUGAAGUCCCAGGCUCCGGGCAGUGCGGAGGAGCUGCGGUGUCUGCAGGCGCUCAAUCAGCAGCCCGAGGGCUCCAGCCUGGAGAAGCUGAGCAGCAGCCAGGGCUGCCUCAAGCUGGCCGGCACCAUCAAAGCCUAUGUGGCCACGGUGACCGAGAACAUCAUCCGCAGGAACGCUGUGAAGGAGGCCUGGAGGAACUACUUCAACACCUCAGAGGGGCAGCUUCCUCCCAAAACAGCUGGGAAACCCUCAGCACAUCUCACCCUCCGCCCACAGAGCCUGGCUCAGGAUGGACGCUCGCAGCGCUCCGGGAACCUGUCCCAGUCAUGCCGCCACGCCAUCACGCACUGGGGGCACGGCAGCCUGGUGUCCCACGUGCAGAACAUGACGUACCGGGCGGGGCGGCUGCGCGUGGAGCAGCCGGGCAAGUACUACGUGUACGCGCAGAUCUACUUCCGCUACCGCGGCGCCGGCCGCGACUCGGGCCCGCAGCUGGUGCAGUGCAUCCAGUGGCAGCCGGCCCACAGCCCGCCCGUGCUGCUGCUCAAGGGCGUGGGCACCAAGUGCUGGGCGCCCGAGGCUGACUACGGGCUCCACGCGCUCUACCAGGGCGGACUCUUCGAGCUCAAGGCCGGUGACGAGCUCUUCGUCUCCGUCUCCUCCCUGGCCAUCGACUCCAGUGACGCAGCCGCCAGUUACUUCGGGGCCUUCCGGCUCGACCUGUGACACCCCCUCCGCUCCCACCUGCCCCUGGACAGCGGCCAAUGGCCCGGGGUGGCACAGGGUUCUUAUGGCUGUGUUGUCCCUUCUGGUGAGGGAUGAGCCAAGAAGGACACAGGGGUGGUGCCCGCAGGGCCCUGCUGUGCUCGGUGCCACCCUCCAGCUGUCAGCCAGGAAGGGUCUCCAAGGGCCUACAGGGGACAUGCACAAGGAGGGACCUCCUAGCCCUGGUGGCACAGCACCUACCAGCAGCUCCCUGCAGCAGGAAAGGCACCAGGGCCACAUCUGCCACUGCAAGACAAAGUGUCCCCAUAGCAGGGUGACACCCAUGAGUCUGAUGCUACCUUGGGCAGCGCUGUGGGUGCCAGGACCUGGGGCUGGAAGCACCCCGGGACACAGGGGCACACCUUGUGGGGAUGGGGCAGGUCCAGUGUCGGCCUCUGGAAGGGAACGAAGGAGUUUCGGUUUGGGAGAGGAAAGCCUGGGGCAGCAGCAGUGAUGGGUGCAGGGAGGGCAAAGGGCAGGACCGUGACACCGCAGCAGUCCCCAGCCCUGGCACCACACCUGGCACGUGGCACUGGGGCACGUGGUGCCCGAGCCAGGCUGCAUAGGACCAGGAGCUCAGCACGGCUGCUGAACAAGCACCUCUUCCCAUGUGGAUUUUGUCCCCUCCAGCCCUCGUGGACAGCGCAGUCCCCACUUCCUCACACCCGCAGCCCUGGCAAUCCCUGCAGGAUUCCAGCUCUGGGUGAGCCCAGUGGUCACAGGAAGACCUUGGAGGGACCAAACCUGCCCUGGGGUGAUGGAUGCCAGCCCAGAGGCCAAAGGUGGGUUCAGGCAGGGCAGAGCAGGGCCCAGCUGGCUCAGCCCAUGGACACUGGGUGGGCACAGCCCCCUUCUCCAACUCCCCCUGUACUCUCUGUAUCCUGUUAAAACUGGGGGCAUUUACACAGUGGCAGUGUGGGCUGCCACAGGCAUGGGGCUCCCAGGGACGAUGGAAUAAAGCCUCGUACUCCAGCACAGCUCUGGCCCCUUUCCACCCAGGACACCAGAGCCAGGUGGAGCAGGGCUGGGGCGCUGCCAGAGCUGCAGACAGAGCCCAGCAGAGUCUCCUGCUCAUCCUGCACCCACAGCACCCCCAGGGGCUCUGCAGCUGCCAGCCCCACCCGAGGCAGUCCCUGCUCGGGGAUGUGUUCCUGCUUCUCAACCCCGAGCCUUCAUUCCCGCUGGGCUCAGCUCCUGCAGAGACCCCCUGAAAUCUGAGCGCAUCCCGGCUCCUCCCCUGCGCCCAUCAGCUUCCAGGGGUCCCAGUGCUCCUCCUCUUUGAGUCUGGCAUUGCAGCCUGGCAAUGGGCUGUUCCUGGGCUGUUCCUGGGCAGCUCCUGCUGUCCCUCCUGCAGCUUCCCAGGCCCGACUCCCGGCCCUCCACAUCCUUGGCCGGGGCUGGGGCUGAGCCAGGCAGUUCCCACAUCCCCCCUCCCCAGCUGCUGGGCAUUCCCACUCUCCAGCCCCCAUCUCCUGCAGGCUCCUGCCUCGGGGGGUUGAUACAGCCCCCACAGCACGGUGCCACCCUGGCACCUGCACACAAGCACCUGGACCGGCCCCAGUGCAAGGGAAGAUUCCCAGCUCAUCCAGAACCUCUGAAGCUCAUCCAAAGCCAGAGAGCACCAAGAGCAGCCUCGUGCAGCCUCCAAAGGGGUGACAGGGCUGAUCCCCCCCUUGGCAGGGCCUCAUCUUCCCCGUCCCCUUGGAGGAAUGGAGGGAGCUGAGCCGAGCCUUGGCGCUGCAGCACUUGGCCCUGGAGCACACUGGGCUCUUGCCCAAAGCAAAAAAAGUGCUCCAAACCCCUCCAUUCUAAAACCAUCCCCCCUCCUCUGUCCCAGCCACCUCGGUGACCCUCAGCAGGGCUCCUGACACCCUGAGGUCUCCAACACCCCCGGGAGCCCUGAGCUUAUCCUGCCUCUGGCAGCAGCCAUGGGAGAGCGGAGCUGAAGCAGGGACUACAGGAAAUGCAGCAGGUGGUUCCAAGAUUUCCUUUGAAAGGGAGUUUAACAGGGCCCAAGGGAGCCAGCAGAGGCUGUGUUUGCUGUGGAGGAAGCAGGGAAAGCAGUGAGUGCGGAGAGCUGGGCUCGGUGCCAGCAGGCAGUGGCCCACCCCGCUUUCCUGGAAAGGAGAGGGCUCUGGGUGGGUGGAUGGGACAAGGAGAUCUCCAGCAGCAUCAGGGCAAAGAGCAGCCUCACCCUGUGUGGGGAGAGCCCAGCUGGAAUUCCUCACUGUGAGGAACUGGCACAGGUCACCCCGAGAGCCUCAGCCCCUGUGGCCCCUCUGCCUCCCCUGCUGCCCUCCCUGUCCUGGUGCUUCCAGGAUUGGACACCCCCAGCCUGGCCAGGCCGGGCUCCCACCUGGACAAGGGGAUCAGCACCAGCAGGAGAACCCAGCAGCAUGAAAUCCUGGCCUCCACAAAAACUGCCUGAGGCACCUGUGCCAACAAUACCUGUCCCAGAAUGUGCUCCAGGACAGAAAGAACUAAGUGUGGAAAGACCUGGAUGAGGACACACCACUGUUCUCUGACUAAAGAAACAAAAUCUGCUGUGCAAAUUGAGUAAAGUACUAAAGAUUUCUCACACAACUUUUCUGUUAUUGUUAAAAUUGUUUAUUAGAAAUUACAACUCACUAUUUUAACGUGUGUAUUGCUGACAAGUUCACUGUAACUCCUGCUCGAAAUCGAAGUCAAUGGUCCCUAAAGCAACUCUGCAGCCUCCUCUGCCAGCACCUCCCUCAUGCUGGGGAGAGCCACAAGAAUAAACAACUCUCCAUUAUCCCUUCUGACCCUGUCCCCAAAACUGAGUGCUCCAGCUCCCCAGGCAGCAGCACAUCCCUGCAGUGUCCCUGCAGUGACAGAGCCUCAGAGCCCCCCGGCCCUUCCUGAACACCUCAGGCUGAAGGAGGACAGGGUCAGAAGGAACGUGGGGAGAAAUUCCCUGUGAGAGAGGUGAGGCCCUGGCACAGGUGCCCAGAGCAGCUGUGGCUGCCCCUGGAUCGCUGGCAGUGCCCAAGGCCAGGCUGGAUGGGGCUGGGAGCAGCCUGGGACAGUGGAAGGUGUCCCUGCCAGGGCAGGGGUGGAGCCAGACGAGCUCCAUGGCCCUUCCAACGCAAAGCAUUGCAGAAUUCUGUGAUUCCCUCCUGCUCUAACCCAGCCUAGGACGUGGGGGGGUGAUUGCAACACUAAUAAAAUCUGCACGCUGACCUGA